UCUGUGUGUCUGAUCAGUGCGUCGUGGAGGAAUCUGAAGAGCUGCAUACUUGGAACGCUGAAGAUACUCAUCCACUUUAAUCUUUAUAGAAGUGUAUCUGUUAUCAAUUUCGUUCGCACCCCUCUAAGAAUUCCCCAUGAUGUGCAGUGGUGGAAGGUACAUCUACUGUACUUCAGUUUUGAGGCAUUUGUACUUUAGUCAUGUACUUCCCUUUAUGUUACUUUCUACUUCACUACAUCUUAGAUCAUUUAGCAAUUUCCACAAGUUAAAACAACUCCGAUGUAUAUAAAUUGGUUAACAUAAGCACUUGACCCGCUACAAUGUUAAAGUGCUGCCUACUUCUUAACGCAUCAGUGAUUAUCAUCAAUUCUCUUGUUCAGUAUAUAAAUGUAACACUAAAAGUUUCAACAUUAGAACUUUUACUUUUGAUAUGCUGAUGAUACUUCCUUCUACAUUACUUUCAGUUUCAUUGGAGUAUCUAUAUAGUUUACGUGGGCCUUCUUUUUGAGGGAUUAUCAUGUUUAGUUUAGUCAUGUGAAGUCACACAGCAAGACAAAUGGUUAGUGGCUGUCGGACCAUUCCCUUCUCACAAGGCAGUGCAGCAGAAACUCUAGCUGCUCCUGAAAACAAAGGCGCUGUCGCCGUUAGAGACAGGCCUAAGGUUACCCGGGUGACAAGAGGGUUUUGUUUGUCUCUGGUCCUCUGCAGGGUUCCAGAGGCUCAGCUGAAGAGCAUCGUGUGGCAGACUCUACAGGCGGUCAACUUCUGCCACAAGCACAAUUGUAUCCACCGUGAUGUGAAGCCAGAGAACAUCCUCCUCACCAAAACCGGAGUCAUCAAGCUCUGCGACUUCGGUUUCGCCCGCAUUCUGACAGGACCAGAGGACGAGUACACAGACUACGUGGCGACUCGCUGGUACCGGGCCCCUGAGCUGCUGGUCGGGGACACUCAGUACGGGCCCCCUGUGGACAUGUGGGCCCUCGGCUGUGUUUUCGCUGAGCUCCUCAAUGGGAAUCCACUCUGGCCCGGGAAGUCUGAUGUUGACCAGCUCUACCUUAUCCGAAAAACUCUAGGUGACCUGAUCCCCCGGCACCAGCAGGUCUUCCGCUCCAAUGUUUUCUUCAGCGGAGUCAGUAUUCCUGAACCUGACACGACGGAGCCUUUGGAAAAGCGCUUCCAUGGCAUGUCUCUUUAUGCCCUCCAAGUUAUGAAGUCCUGCCUGGUGAUGGACCCGUCACUCCGUCUGUCCUGUGAGGAGCUGCUGGAGCUGCCUUACUUCCUGGAAGAUGGAGUGAACUGGGGCCGUGAGGGGGAGCGCCUGGGGAGACGACAUGACAAAGGCUCCCGACGUAGACAGCCUGGGGCUCAGUACCUGCCUCAGUUACCCAACAGCAACAUCUCACCAGCUCCAGAUGUGAAGAAACAGGUGAAGCAUAAAUAUCACCUGCCCAACAUUUAACAAAGCAACACGUGUGGGCUGAGCUGAAAAAAGGCUGACUCAUGCUAAGCUUUGUGCGAUCAUUUGAAUACAGUAAAAUAUAUUGUUGUUGUUGUGACGGUGAAAA